GUCAGGGUGUAAGACAGCGGUCUCAUUGCUCAAAACAGUGCCGUGGCCAUGGUUCUUGCAGAGCUUCGGAGGUUUGCUUCUCGCGACCCUUCUGCUGCUGUUCCUGUUGAUGGUAUUCCCGAAAAGGCUCACCUCAGGACAGCAAUCGAAAAGAUCGAGAAGGAUUCAGUGCGGUACAGGCAAAGCCAUCAAAAGCCUUGGUUGAAUGAGUCGGGUGAGAGGAUAUGGUCAAGACACCGGAUUUGUCUAGCCAAAUUGGUCCAAAGCCAGUCCUUUGAGACCUUUAUGGGAAUCGUGAUCUUUGUAAACAUUGUGCUGAUGAUCAUUGAAACCAAUUACGAUGCAGAAUGCUUUCCGAAGUAUGCCAAUGACCUUCACAACUGCCCAUCUCGCAGUUCAGAGCAGACAUGGCUUCAGGUCAGCACCAUUGCUUUGCAAACAAUCUACACAGUGGAGUGUUGCCUGCGAGCAUGUGUAGAGCAGAGACACUACGUGUGGAACACGUGGAACCAAAUCGACCUAUGGACAGCCAUUUUUGGCUGGAUAGGCCUUGGCAUGUCUUCAAUGAACCUGAACGUUCUCAGGACGAUCCGAGUUCUUCGGCUUCUCAGGGUUGGCCGCUUGGUGAUUUCAGUGCCGGAGCUAUACAUCUUGUUGAGCGGACUUACGACAUCAUUUAAGCCGAUCCUUUUCGGCUCGAUCAUGCUGGUCUCCGUAAUUCUGGUUUGGUCCAUCAUCGUCGUCGAGUUGAUUCAUCCCUUGAAUUCACAGACUACGUUUGACAACUGUCCGCGAUGCAGCAACGGAUUUAAAAGCGUGUAUUCAGCUGCUCUCACAUUGUUCUCGCAGAUUGUAGCUGGAGAUUCAUGGGGUUCAAUAUCAAUUCCACUGGCAGAAGAGCGUUGGUGGGUGGGAGCACUUCUCUUCGUGAUCUUGAUGACGAUCUCUUUGGGUGUCAUGAAUUUGAUUCUCGCGGUCAUUGUUGAAAAGGCUGCAGAAGCUCGGGAAAAUGACCAAGAACGAAAGACCAAGCUUCAGGAUGAAGAACGACAAAAGGACAUGAUCGAACUUGCGAUUCUAUGCGAUCGAAUGGAUAAUGAUGGCAGUGGCGCUCUAUCCUUAACCGAGCUGCUGGAUGGUUAUGAUUAUGAUGCCCGCUUCCACUCGCUCAUGAAACGUAUGGACAUAGAGAGAGACGACAUGCGGACAAUCUUCCGAGCUCUAGAUGCGGAUGCAUCUGGAGAGGUGGACUAUGUGGAGUUCUGCCACCAGUUGGGCACAUGCAAGAAACGAGAUCAACUAAUGCUAUCCACCUUGACCAGAUAUGCUGUGAUGGAAGUCAGAGCCUUGAUUGAAGGUGAAGUCAUGAAGGCAAUUGAAGAGCAGACGGGACUUCUCCGGGAUCAGCUUGAUUUGCUUUCCCAUGUGCCCGGCUGUACAGAAGCCGCCAAGGACAUCCAAAAACGUUCCUUGUCACGACCUUGUGAUCGAGUGCUCUCUGACCGUUCAGGAAAGAAACACAAGUACAAUACAGCAUCGUUUGAACACAUUGUGAGAGAUGACGCGACCCACCUUUUGAUUCGGCAAUCCGUGCGGCGAGCAGCUCCAACACGCGAAGAUGAGAUUCAUCUCCAACAACAGGCUUCAGUCGACCAAAUUGGCGAGUCUAUCUCUAUCGCCAGCAAAACCGUUCAGGGCAUGCAGAACCAGCUUGAAGCACUCGUUUGGAAAGCGGAGCAGCUUCAGACUGAUAUUCAGCGAAAAGCAAGUAGCACGCAGACCAGACCUAUCACCCGUAUGGACUGGCGCCGGAGAAGUGGAUCAAUUGAGUCCUUUGCAUCACUGACAUCAAGGUCAUCAAAGGCAUCAGUGGCUGAAGGUGAUGGAUAUGACUGGUCCGACUUUGACAGGCGAUUUGGUGACUUGCUGAGAAAGUUCAAUCACCGAGCUCAGAGAGAAGCAGAUUUACAGAUAAAACUCAAAGAUAUUAUGGACAGUAUUUCCUUUAUGCUCAAAGAACCAGCUGUGGUCCAAGAAGAGCUGUAGAGUGGUCUCCGCCUGUCUGACCGUUCUCGUGUUUGCAAGUCCAUCAAUUUGGGCAUAGGUGAGGUUUUUGCUUAGCACACACACACACACACGGUCACUUCCUGUUGAAAACAGAGUGGUGACUGAUCUAUGCAGCAUAGUUGUGAGGUGG